UCUACAAAAUUCCAGUGUUGUUCACACACUGUCAUCGUGUUCACUGAUGAUGACAGUAAACUAUGUAGCUACUAAAAUCAGAUUAUAUUAUAAUCUGUAAUAUAAGAUUUAACUCGAAUAAACACAUAAGCACAGACGAUAUGUCUCGCGAAGAUUCAAAUGGAGAAAUGUUCGAAAUUAUCGACAAAAAAAUUGAAGAACUGUCAACAGCAGAUUCAAUCAGCAGUAUGUCUUCAUCUGCAUCAUUGCUUCCAUCACCUGGUGUAUCAGUCUCCAGUGUUCCAUCUGGAGGAAAUAUCCUCUCAGUUGUCCAGCCUCCAUCGACUUUACCCAGUUUUAUUGCACAUCCCGCUAUAUCUCCUGCUUCUACUGCUUCUCUUUCAAGUACAACAAUUCUGGAUCCAACAUCAACAACAGUUCCUUCAUUUAUUCAAACAAGUCAAAACACACCAGCAACAAGUGCAACAAAUUUAAAUGAAAUCAAAAAUACAGCAGAGGUAUCUUCAUCAUCUACUGAUGUAUUUUAUCCCACACAGUUUAGUGCUGCAAUUCCACCAAGCAAAGGAAUAAAACAUGGAAUGGACCAGGUUCCAAUUGGAAAUGUAUCAGCUGAUAAUGGUGGUUUUAUGGACUGGAUGCGUGGUGCAGUCUCCACAGGGGGAAUUCUUUCCAAAGUAGCAGAAAAAGCUAAAAAUUCUGUUGAUUCAAUGAUAACAACUUUGGAUCCACAAAUGCGUGAAUUUAUAUAUUCUGGUGGUGAUUGUGAAAUAUUAGUUGCUUCCAAACAAGAAGCUAAGAUUAGUGCUAUUAGGGAAGCAUUCCAAUCAGUAUUUGGCAAAGCUACAGUUCAGGGAAUAGAGGCACAAUCAUCAAAUAUUGCCGCACAACCUGUGGGAUUUGCAGCUGCAGUGAAAGCAGCAGAAGAGCGCAUUCAAACUGUUCUUAAGAAUCCGAAAAUUUCAGCGCCAUUGCCAGUUGUGGCAAUUGAAAAUUUUAUUCUUGAAGUUGGGGAAGAUAAAUGGUAUGAUCUUGGCGUGCUCAUUUUGAACGACCCAAUCAAGCAGAUUAAUUUACAAAUUUUCACCCAAAUGACACCGGUUCCAGCGGAAAUUGUUGCCUUGGCUCAAGAAGAUACUCCAGCUGACUACCCUUUGCGAUGGUCUGGAUUAAGCGUUACUAUUGGAAGUUUAAUGGGCAGUAAUUUGCAUGUUCCCAACAGCGAGUGGCACCAAGCACUGACAGGAACAUCUCGUCGAGAUAUCAUUCUUCAGGCCGCCAAUGUAUUGGCUACUUUGUACAAAAAUAGUAGUAGCCCCAUUUAGUUAUUUUUUUUAUUAUAAUUUUGAAUAAUCUAAUUAUUUUAUGCUUAUGAGUGUCAUCAAAUUUUUAAGGCGCUUUGAUUUUAUUGAAAUCUGUUUAGAUUUUACAAAUCAUGGAAUUUAAUAAUUCGUAUUUGUUGGUAAUCAAUCAUAGUAAUAUACUAUACAAUUAUAAA